AGACCAGAUAUUCUUGGUUUGUUAGUUUCUCUGGGUCAAAGGAGUGAAAUGCUCUUGCCUGCUUGUCGCAGGCUCACAGCUCCAGGAAACCUUCCUUCAGGCUGAGUGGGGAGGAACCAGAAAAGCUGCACUGGAUGACUCACUGGAUUUCUCAGUGAGAGGUCAAGGAGUCAUCAUUUUAAACAAUGAGUGUUUGAAUACUGAAGAUAUUCAGUGAUUUCACAGAGAACUGUUCCAAGGUGUCCAUCCGUCUGCAGCUACUGCUGCUGUGCCUCCGGAUUUUAAUACGUCUUCAUACUUCUACGGAAAAUAAAUCAGGUUUUAUGUUUUUAUGACAGAUUUUAAAUGAAGAUUUUACACAUAAAACGUGAUGUUCUCGCUCUGUCACGUUCCCUCACCUCAUCUCUUCUCUGAGGAAACAACGCACAGAUAGACGGAAGUGGGCGGAGCUCGGAGCUGCUCUGAGGUCUCGCCGGCUCGUGCGUGUUGUCGUGAUCGAUUCCUGAAUGGAAAUCAAUGGAUCGAUCAGUCGGGCCGCGUGCGUGCUGCUGAGCGUGUGCGUGGCCCUGACGUCACAGGAGCGGCCAGAUGACGCGGGAGGCUGGUGGGUGGAUUCAGACGUCAGGUUCCAGGAUGAAGGUUCCUGUAACAUCGACGUGUUGGACGGAGCCUCGCUCUCAUACCAACAGUUCAUUGAAAGAUACGCCUACAGUCGACCGGUCGUCCUCAGAGGUCUGACUGAUAACACGAAAUUCAAGCUGCUCUGCUCCAAGUCGACUUUACUACAAGAAUACGGCUCUCGGAAAGUGCGGCUCAGUACAGCUAACACUUAUUCUUACAGGAAAGUGGACGUCCCUUUCCAGGAGUACGUGGACAAGUUCCUGAGGCCUCAGUCCACCGACGCUCUCGGCAGCGACACCAUGUAUUUUUUUGGAGACAACAACUUCACCGAGUGGCAGCGUCUGUUCGAUCACUACGAGUCUCCACCGUACGUCCUGCCUCACACCAGCGGAGCGUACAGCUUCGGCAUCGCAGGUCCUGGAACCGGAGUUCCUUUUCACUGGCACGGCCCCGGUUACUCUGAGGUCAUCUACGGAAGAAAGCGUUGGUUCCUCUACCCGCCUGACAAGGAGCCUCACUUCCACCCGAACCACACCACCCUGUCCUGGGUGAGGGACACCUACCCCAACCUGCCCGAGCACGAGGCUCCACUGGAGUGCACCAUCAGGCCGGGAGAGGUGCUGUAUUUCCCUGACCGCUGGUGGCACGCCACUCUCAACCUGGACACCAGCGUUUUCAUCUCCACCUUCCUGGGCUGAGCGUCUCAGCUCUCCCAUAUUUCUUUUUUUUUUUUUAAGAAUCACUUCUGUUUGAGUUUUUCCUUCAGGAAAAGAAACAGACUCAACGACACGAGGACGAAUCCGACAAACUGCUUUUUCUCCUGGUUUUAUUUUGGUCCGGAUGAUGAAGACGUUUCA